AUGGGAAAGCUUCCAACCGAAGAGGACAUCGCCUGGAUGGUGGCACAUAUCAACGACUCGACGGUUCCCGACAUCGUUGUUUGCUGCAUCAUCUGCAGUCUCGCCUCUGUCGUGAUCCUGGCUCUACGCAUCUGGGCGAGAUCUCAAGCCGGACUCAAGCCCAUUUUCAGUGACUGGCUGAUCGUUGGUUCGGUGUUCUUCUACGUCGUCUUCUGCACAGUUUUUGCUUUAUCAACAAGGUAUGGAGCUGGCAGACACAUCAUCCUCAUAACGGAUCCGGAGACGAUGCGCAUGUUGGCUAUCCUCAAUAUUUGCAAUCCGAUUCUAUACGGCGUUUCCAGCGUCCUUGUCAAAUGGAGCAUCCUCGCAUUAUACCUUGCAAUCUUUCCCCAAAGAAAGUUCCACUACUGGGUUCAUUUCGUGAGCACCGUCAACUUGCUAAAUGGACUCGCCAUAGUUCUCGUGAGCUGCCUGCAAUGCCGUCCCCUAGAGGCCUUAUGGAAUACAUCAGUGGUGGGCACUUGCAUCAACUUCAGUUAUUUCAGCAUCUUUAACAGUGUCUUCAACUUUUUAUUGGACGUGGUCAUCCUUCUGACCCCCCUACCGCUCGUCAAACAACUCAACUCGUCGACACGAAAGAAGAUCUUACUGUCUAUCAACUUUGCUUUAGGCGGAAGUGCUUGCAUCAUCGCAGCUAUCCGCGUUCCUUACGCAAGACGAGUGGGAGGCACGGUGAACCCAAGCUGGGACAUGAUACCGGGAGGACUACUCUGCGUUGUCGAAGUUGCCGUUGCCCUCUUGACAGCCUCUCUACCUAUAUACCGUCCACUGUUGAGGUUCUUAGGCAUCACCAUUACAUCGAAUUCCGCAUCCAACUACAAACGAGGUAAUUUACGCAGUUCGAAUAACUUCUUGGGUAGCCAAGUGAGCACACACAUCACAAGUGGCAGAGACAUGUCGUCUCAGCAAGCAGGUAUCAGUAUCACAGACGAUAUAACGUUGACGACACAUACAUAUGUAGGAGGAGAGUGGGUUCGUGUGGCAGACGAAGAUGAUGAUGCUGCUGGUUUGGUUGUGCCAAAUGGAUCAGCGCCGUACGCACGAACCGUCAGCAGCACAAUGAGUGAUAAGCUUUAUUGA